AUGGACAUGACGGACAUCCAUUGUACCUACGUCCAGUUAUGUACAAUGAUUGUUCCAGAAAACGUCCGAACCUCACCGGAUUUAACAUCCGAUGGACAAGAAGACUUAGUGGAAUUCCCUAGGCCCCAAGGAUACCCUGGGCCUCAAGGGAACCCUGGGCCCCGAGGGAACCCUGGGCCUCAAGGGCCCCAAGGUCCCCCAGGUCUGAAUGGAGCAAACGGCAUUGGGAGUCCAGGUUUACCAGGAAACAACGGUACAAAGGGGGAGCCUGGACCGAUUGGACCCAUGGGAUAUCCUGGAAUAAAGGGAGCUAAAGGCGACCGAGGAUAUGUAGGGGAGCCUGGACCAAUUGGCUUCCCAGGAUAUCCUGGAAUGAAGGGAGAUAAAGGCAACCGAGGACCCCAAGGAUAUGAAGGACCGAAAGGUGAGAGAUUUUCACGUCUCUGUAAUAGUUAUGGAAAAGUUUCUCCUUCUUAAUUAUCAGCUUAGUAUUAUAUAAGUAUUAAGUGUCCGGAAGAGAGCUGUGCCACAUAAGCGUUGUGCUUAGUUCUCGUGAAAGCACUUGAUGUCUUUUUUGUGCUCUCUAGCACUUUUUUAAAUGGACGAAUACAUCGAGAAAUCGCAAUUUCGUCCCAAAAAUCAAA